GCUGGAGUGUGAAUUAUGUCAGCAGGAGAAUCUGUGCUCUGCAAGGCUCUUCAGUGAACAUCUCAAGUGAAUAUUUACAUCCUGAAAACCAGCAGCCAAAAUAUAAAUGUUGGUAUAAAAUAAAGAGAAGUGUUGAGGAGGAUGCUGAAGAGCUGAUUAAGGCUGCAGGUCGAGUGGAGUAUCAUGACAACAUGAAGAACCACCACAUCCUGACAAUCAAUGACCUGAAGAAGAAUGACUCAGCAGAAUACACAUUCAGACUACAAGAAGAAAAUGGAGAAUGGAAACAGUCUGACUUUUCCGGAGUAACUUUGGUUGUCACAGGCCUGACAGUGAAGUUUGCUCCUUCUGCAGUGGUGACAGAGGGUCAGAGAGUCACACUGACCUGCAGUACCAGCUGUCCUCUGUCUGACAACACAAACUACAUCUGGUCCUUGAACAGUCGACCUCUGACCCUGCCAGAGAACCAAUACAAACAGCUGGUUCUAGAUCCAGUCAGCAGUCAGCAUGCAGGAAGAUACUCCUGUGCUGUUAAAACUGGCACAAAAACCAUUAUCACUAGUGAAAAAACUCUGACUGUAAAGCAAAGAACACAAACAGCAACAGCAGCAGCUGGAGCAGCAGGAGGCAUAGCUGUUCUCCUGGUUAUCAUAGCUCUCUCUGUCUUCUUGUGGAUUAGACAGAAGAGGACUUCACAACAAUCUCCUGGAACACCGGACAACACAGAGGAGCUAAACAUGGGUCCUCUGUAUGAAGAUAUCUCAGCUCAACCAGAAGACCAGGAGGAACAUUACUAUAGCACGGUUAACAUCUGUAAGACCCAGAAAAAUCCUAUUUACUCUCAACUUUAGAUCUAACACGACCCCCGGUUGAGCAUCUCUUACCAUUACAACUGAUUCAGGAUCUACUUAGUGCCCUUUCUCAUUAGUCGUACUACCACAGUGAAGUGUUGUGAACAACGUUUCUUCAACGUCUCACAUUCAAGCUGAACUACACAUGAGUUUUGAUCUCUUUAGACUUUUUUCUCUUCUCCAUGUACUUUGGAAUAAGGUGACAUUGUACCAGAAAUCCAUAUUCUGUUUCUUAAAAACAAAAAUGUUUAUCAGAGUUUUUCACUUUUCACUGCAUCAUGAGAAUCUGGCAUCUAAACGCUGUAUUCAGGCCACGUGACAGUAUGACAUGAUUUCUUAGUUUGUGUGAACCUUUAAAUGCAGCGUUCUUGGAAAAUCUAUCCAUAUCUAUCCAUAACACCCACUGGAUUUUAGAUAUGUUGUGGAUUGGUGACAGUCAUGGUCAGUCAUGGUGUGUCAUUUGGAUGUGUAAAUAUUUACAAAUCAACUGAAUUGAUCUGCUUAAAGAAAUUAGUGGAACGAAUCAUUUAAAGACACCUUGAUUACCUCGAUUUAAAUCAUUUAGAAAUGCACUGCCUCAAAGCGUUGCAGAGUACUUUCUAAAAAGCUACUUAACAUGGUGUAUUUUGUGUCAGAGGACUUCUUUUGUAACAGCACAGAGCCCAUUUUCACUGUUAUUGCAAAAUCAUAUCACCUCUGGCCGAAUCAACUGAUAAAUGGUUCACAUGGUCCUGGAAAAAACACCAUUAGAGAUUUUGAAAGUAGGAUUGUGUUGCUGUCAGGCUUCAAGCUAUCAGUGUCAGUCAUGUCAUACUUGCAUGUAAUAAUAAAAAAUAGAAGGAUAGAUUUUUAUUAAACUAUGUUUUUAUAGCCUCUGCAUGUGACAGCAACC